AUGGAACAGGCCGAGCCCGCCGCCGAAGCAGCACACGAAGCACACACAUUGCCUCACCCGGAGACAGCCUACUUUGAGUCGAAUGUACCCGAAAAAGGGAGGAACGAAAUCAAGCCUUACGCCGUGGCUCCGCUGUGCUUCUGGAAGCCCGCGCGAAAAGACUUGGAGCCUCACCCAGCCCGAGGUGGCGAUAUCUUCACGGCGUGGCGGCGCCGCACCCUCAUCCUCUGGAAUCGGUUGUGCUCCGCACUUAGCUUGGCCGCGUAUGCGCCCUGCCUCGGCAACAGGCAAAUCUGCUUGUCCGUCAUUUUGUGCGGUUUCACGUGCCAUACCGCCUUAUACUGCUGCUGCUGCUUGCUGCACUCCUUUGGUUCCUGGUGGCUGGGAAAUGGAUCGGCCUUUCCCGCCGUAUGUACUUGA